AUGUCCGACCAGAAAGUUCAAGAGUCUGCUGUUCCUGCUUCGCAGGAGCCUGGAAAAUCAGUGGAGUCAACUACAGAAGAGAAGUUCGCUGAGGCCCAGCAGACAGUUGCUACGGCCUCUACUUCUGGCCCCGACACUGAGGAAAAGAAGGACGCGACACUCGCCGACGCCAAGGCCGGUAACGAUGCCAAUGCCCCGACAGGCGAAUCCGAAGAUGCCGCGCCGGCCGAACCUGAGAAGGCCGAAGAGGAGACUGGCGAGGUAGCUGCAGAAAAGGCAGAGGCUGCCGUAAACGGUGAAGCGGCGCAACCCGCCGAGAAAGCGAUCGACACCAAGGAAGCCGAAGUUGGUGGGAAGGGCGAGGCGCCAACCGAAGCUCCCGCCACCGGUGGUGACACAGCCAAGAAGGCCGAAGAGACACCCGCGACUGCCCCACCUACCGAAGAAGCUGUCGAGCCCACCGAGCCCAAGCCCGCUACUGGCAACGGCGAAGCCGCCCCCGUUAGCGAAACGGAGAAGGCCCCGAUUCCUGAGGCUGAAGCCUCAGAGCCGAAGGCGGGGGAGAAGCGACAGGCGGAGGCUGCCGAAGUCGCUAACGGAGGCGAGGCAGGCGAGCCUGCUGGCAAGAAGGUGAAGACCUCAGACGAUACGCCGACGACUAAUGGCGGAGCGGCAAAGAAGAAGACGUCUAAGGGAAAGAAGGAGAAAUUUGCGGCGCCUGUGGGCCGGACUGCGAGGAGGACCCGGAGCCAAGGCCUGGCGGAUGCCUGA